AUGGUCCACAUCCAACAUGGUAAGUCUAUGAAUGUGAAAAAUGAAUCCCAGGUUAUGGAAUUUACCCUCAGUGGGAUUGCCUAUUCCUCUCAUUGGAAGUCGCUCAUUUUCACAGUCUUUCUGACCAUCUUCGUCAUGACUAUCCUAGGAAACAGUCUCAUUGUUUUGGUGGUUAGACAGAAUAUUUCUCUUCAUACCCCCAUGUAUUUUUUCCUAUCGAACCUAUCCUUUGUGGAACUUUGCUAUACAUCCAUUACAAUACCAAACAUCUUGUCCGGGAUCAUAAGGGGAAGUGGUAGUAUAUCGUUCUCAGGUUGCAUUGUUCAAGUUUAUCUGUUUACUUUAUGUGCCACCGCCGAAUGCAUCCUUCUAGUGGCCAUGGCUUUUGACCGCUACGUGGCAAUCUGUCGACCUUUACGCUAUACAGUAAUAAUAAAUAGGAUGGUGUGUGCAUAUUUUGCCAUAUUUGCCUGGUUGAGUGGGGUGCUGAACUCAACCAUCAAUACGGUGGUCAUCUCUAAUCUAAAUUUUUGUGGGUCGAAAUUUAUAGACCGUCUCUACUGUGAAGGCCAGCCUCUUGUACGUCUCUCCUGCUCCGAUACCCACCUCAGCGAUAUACUUGCCACACUUUCGGCAGCAGUAUUUGGAGUCAUUUGUCUCCUCUUCAUCCUCAUGUCCUAUUUCUUUAUCUUACUGACCAUUGUGAAGAUGCCAAGUAGAAGCAGCAGACAUAAAACCUUCUCCACCUGCACCUCACACAUCACUGUUGUCGUCCUCUACUUCGGGGCACUCAUUUUCAUGUACCUUUUGCCCAGUGAUAGUUCGUCUCAACAGCUGGACUUGGCUGUUUCUAUGAUCUACUCUACGGUGACUCCUAUGCUGAACCCUAUCAUUUACAGUCUGAGGAACCAUCAGGUUAUAGGAGCUCUGAAUAACAUGAUGAGAUGCAAUUCUUCACUAAAGCCAUCCUGUGUACAAAGGGUUUAG